GGACAAACCGGCUGACUGGGAAGUGAAUCAGCCAAUGUCAAAGGAGCGCGGAUCAGCUGUCAUCUGUCGAUCCUUCUCUACAUCAUCUACUGAUAAAAACGGUCAUUAACACAAGGAAAAAGUGCCCCCUAUGCAGAUUGACGUCAGGUGUACAUCCGCAGCAGCUUCGCGUUGUUUUCAGGCACCAUGAACUCCCUUCCAGGCAGAGCCGUCCUGUCUCUGUGCGGUCGUACGGCGGCGGGAGGCGUCAGGGUCUUUGGGGGAUCACCGGGACACAUUACCGCACCCCGGCCGGUUGAUAGGGCCUCAUUUCAGGCUGUGAGGGUCUGUCAUUCCGGGACGGGCCGUAAGGGCAGCGUCAGCACCAAAAAGAGGGGCUACGACAUCACCAGAAACCCUCACCUCAAUAAGGGAAUGGCCUUCACCCUGGAGGAGCGCUUACAGCUGGGCAUCCACGGCCUGCUUCCUCCCUGCUUCCUGUCCCAGGACGUCCAAGUGCUGCGCGUCAUGAAGAGCUACGAACCACGCACUAAUCCCUUAGACAAGUACAUCCUGCUGAUGACGCUGCAGGACAGGAAUGAGAAGCUGUUCUACCGUGUGCUGACCUCUGACCUGGAGGGGUUCAUGCCCAUCGUUUACACUCCCACUGUGGGCCUGGCCUGCCAACAGUACGGACUUGCAUUCAGGAGACCACGAGGACUCUUCAUCACCAUCCAUGACAGAGGCCACAUUGCCACCAUGCUCAACUCCUGGCCUGUGGAAAACAUUAAGGCCAUCGUGGUGACGGAUGGGGAGCGAAUCCUCGGUCUUGGAGAUCUGGGCAGCUACGGUAUGGGGAUCCCCGUGGGGAAGCUGGCGCUCUACACUGCCUGUGGUGGAGUUAACCCACAGCAGUGUCUCCCUGUGCUGCUGGACGUUGGCACUGACAACCAGACGCUUCUGGAUGACCCUUUGUACAUCGGACUGAAGCACAAGAGAAUCAGAGGAAAAGAAUACGACGACCUGAUUGAUGAGUUCAUGCAGGCUGUGACAGAUAAGUACGGGAUGAACUGUCUCAUCCAGUUUGAGGAUUUUGCCAACAGCAACGCCUUCCGCAUCCUCAACAAAUACAGGAAUCGAUACUGCACCUUCAAUGACGACAUACAAGGCACGGCCUCUGUAGCUGUGGCUGGGAUUUUGGCAGCUUUAAAGAUCACCAAGAACAAGCUCUUGGACCAUACUUUUGUUUUCCAGGGAGCAGGCGAGGCUGCACUGGGCAUUGCUCACCUGCUCAUCAUGGCCAUGGCGAAAGAGGGUGUAAGUCGAGAAGAAGCUGCAAAGAGGAUCUGGAUGGUGGACUCAAAGGGUCUCAUUGUGAAGGGAAGAAGCCAUCUGAACCACGAGAAGGAGGAGUUUGCUCAUGAACACCCACAUUUGAAGACCCUCGAGGAGGUGGUAGAAACCAUCAAACCCACUGCCAUCAUUGGUGUGGCUGCUAUUGGAGGAGCAUUCACUGAGAAGAUUAUCAAGAACAUGGCUUCUUUCAAUGAGAGGCCAAUCAUCUUUGCCCUGAGUAAUCCCACCAGCAAAGCAGAGUGCACAGCCGAGCAGUGCUACAAACUCACAGAGGGCCGAGGCAUCUUCGCAAGUGGAAGUCCAUUUGAUAAGGUGACGCUGGCUGAUGGGCGCACCUUCUACCCUGGUCAGGGAAACAAUGCCUAUGUCUUUCCUGGAGUCGCGUUAGGCGUCAUCGCCUGUGGAGUGCGUCACAUAUCUGAUGACAUUUUCCUCACCACAGCAGAGGCGAUUGCUGAUAUGGUAACAGAGGAGCACCUCGCUGAGGGACGACUCUAUCCUCCUCUUAACACCAUUAGAGAGGUGUCCGUUAAGAUUGCAUUGAAGCUUGUCGACUAUGCAUACAAACACAACAUUGCGUCAGUGUACCCUGAGCCUAAGGACAAAGAGGCGUUUGUGCUGUCUCAGAUCUACAGUCCUGACUAUGACUCCUUCACUCUGGACACGUACACCUGGCCACAAGACGCCAUGAACGUCCAGGAUGUGUGAUCCAGCAUCGCCCUUAUUGUCUUUAUGUUUAAUUAGCUGCCAUUGCGUCACAUUGGACUUGUGCAUUGCCUCCCAUUUCAGAUAAUUUGACCCAGAUUCUGGCUUAGUUUGAGUCUGUCUUCAUAGAUUACAGCAUGGACCUGUAUAACACAAAGCUCACAGUAUUCAAUGUGAAUUAGACACCCAGUGAUAAGACAGACAAACAUGGAAUUAUGAUAUAUAUGUCAGGUGUUCAUCUUUGUUUGGUGCUGUUCUGUUUUAUUAGAUCCUCCUACCUGAUUUGGAGUCUGACUGAGAAACUGUUUUACAUCUGCACUGCAGCAUAUCCAAUACUAAAAGUCUGUCCUCUGUAGCUGUACAACUUUAUCUACACUCCCGCUGGCAGAUGUCCCAGCUAAGCUCUUUAAGCAGUGAUUCAUAUUUGCGCACAAAGCUUUCUCUUGUCUGAAAAAAAUGAACAGAGGACUCAUUUUCAGUCCUGAGUUCAAUAAAUUCUCGUAGUGCCUCUUUCUGUGUGACCUCAGGACAUCACUGCUCCGUAUUCUGAGUUAAAACUCUUAUCUCCAUUUUGUCCAAUGGUCACAUGCGACACAUGGUUCUAAACCUGUAGCUGCUUUGUAGUUGACACUCCCGUCCUGUUUUAACACAUCUACAGGACUAAAAACACUCCAGGAUCAUUAUGUGUUUGCUUUUCUCUUUCAUAGGGGGUAUUGUUAGAAUGUGUGUCAUCGUCAGGGUGGGGUUUUUGUAUACAGUGGUGUGUUUUCCCCUUAGUUUUGUACAGAGAGCUGCCUGUUGUGUUUUUGCCAAAGUUACUGAUAAAUAUAAUGAACUGUUAUCUAUUAAUCCUAAAAAAAAAAAAACAUUGAUCUGUCAGAUUUAGUACAGAGGGAAAUGCUUGAGUUUUUCAAAGGGAACAUGGGAAUUUUUAAAUAAAACUGUUAAAAAUCA